AUGCAUGUGUUUAUGCACAUUGAUGGCAUGCAGCCACCUUUGUAUGUUUGUAAGUGGUGUGGUGAGGUAUUUCGCAGUAAGGUUAGUUUGGAAACACAUUUGAGAGUGAGAGAGAAUUAUCAUGUCUUAACUGCUGGCCACCAUGAAAAAUAUGACUAUAGUGAUGAGCAUCAAAGCAGUAUCUUCUUGGAUAGUGAGCCAGAAGUUUCUGUUACAGAACACAUUGAACAGUCUUCAUAUAAGGAAACGUGGAAAACUUCAAAGAAGGCUUCUAAUGACAUGUGUAACACACACAUGACAAAUGAUACAACAAGUGCUUAUGGAAUUUUAUCUACAGCUGUUAAUGUCAGUGCCCAGGCUGAUCUACAUAUUGCAAACAGAACCAACAAAUGUGGUAUUUGCGCCAAAUGGUUUGCUAGGUCAGGCGAUCUGAAGACACAUUUAUUAAUUCACACUGGAAUUAAAUCUCACAAAUGUGAGAUUUGUGGAAAAUGUUUUUCUACAUCAGGUUAUCUCAAGACUCACGUAUUAAUUCACACUGGAAAGAAACCUCACAAAUGUGAGAUUUGUGCAAAAUGUUUUGCUACAUCACGUUCUCUCAAGACUCAUGUAUUAAUUCACACUGGAAAUAAAUCUCACAAAUGUGAGAUUUGUGGAAAAUGUUUUACUACAUCAGGUUAUCUCAAGGCUCAUGUAUUAAUUCACACUGGAAUGAAACUUCACAAAUGUGAGAUUUGUGGGAAAUCUUUUACUUUGUUAGGCAGUCUCAAGAAGCACACAUUAAUUCACACUGGAAAGAAACCUCACAAAUGUGAGAUUUGUGGAAAAUGUUUUGCUAGAUCAGAUGAUCUCAAGACUCAUGAAUUUCUUCACACUGGAAAGAAACCUCACAAAUGUGGUAUUUGUGCCAAAUGGUUUGCUAGGUCAGGCGAUCUGAAGACACAUUUAUUAAUUCACACUGGAAAGAAACCUCACAAAUGUGUGAUUUGUGGGAAAUCCUUCGGUAGGUCAGGCACUCUCAAGAGGCAUAUAACAGUUCACACUGGAAAGAAACUUCACAUCUAGAAAAGACCUCACAAAUGUGAUAUUUGUGGCAAAUCAUUUACUACAUCAGGUGAUCUCAAGACACAUGCAUUAGUCCACAUGGGAAGGGGACCUCACAAAUGUGAUAUCUGUGACAAAAGUUUCUCAGUGUGGUACUUUCAAGACACAUGCAUUACUUCACAUCAGAAAGUAACUACAAGUAAUUGUUAGUUUAUGCAAAUAGAUAUUCCUGGUUGGUGCCCUAAAGGCCUAUAAAAUAAUGAAUGUAGUAGGGGGACAAUAAAUUUUAAUGAAUGUGGAAUAACAUUAAAGUGUUGUAGCAUUGUGAAAAAAGUGCAAUAAUGUGUACUAUAUUGAGGUAAGAGAUAAUGUGAAAUACAAAAAUCACUAUCUGCAGCUUGAGAUGUUAAGAAAUUGUAUUACUAAAUACUCCAGAAACAUGAAUCAAAUGUGUUUUUGUCAUUAACACUGUCAAUAGUUAUAAUUACCAUGCAAUAUUCAGUAUAAGGCCAAGGAAAUGUGAUGACUUGCUGCUUAUUAUUCCAAACAUGGUCAUUAUGUAGUACUUGUAACUCUGCAUUUGAGAAAGUGACAGCAAAAAUAUA